AUGCUAACGAAACUACUGGCAGCUUUGUUGCUACUCUCAGUCUUCCAAGCGUGCUCGAGAAAAAUCGACGAUGGCGAGGACGAAGAUCGCACGGUCAACCAGACCUGGGUGCUGACUUCCAAGAUGCAAGACAGAGACGCGACCAAGAUUUUAAACCACCUGCUGAAGGAGUAUGAUAAGAAACUUCGCCCCGACAUUGGAAUGAAACCAACUGUUAUAGAUGUUGAUAUUUAUGUAAACAGCAUUGGGCCUGUGUCAUCAAUUAACAUGGAGUACACCAUUGACAUCUUCUUUGCUCAGACCUGGAUUGACAGUCGCCUGCGGUUCAACAGUACAAUGAAAAUCAUCACUCUCAAUAGCAACAUGGUUGGAUUCAUAUGGAUACCAGACACUAUCUUCAGGAAUUCCAAAAAGGCAGAUGCUCACUGGAUCACCACGCCCAAUCAGCUGCUUAGAAUAUGGAAUGAUGGGAAAAUCUUGUAUACUUUGAGGCUGACAAUAAUCGCAGAGUGUCAACUGCAGCUCCAGAACUUUCCAAUGGAUGAACAUUCUUGUCCACUCAUCUUCUCCAGCUAUGGAUACCCAAAAGAGGAGAUGGUCUACAAGUGGAGGAAGAAUUCAGUGAAAACAGGCAAUGAGAAAUCCUGGCGACUCUAUCAGUUUGAUUUCUUGGGCUUGAGAAACACAACGAAAAUCAUUGAAACAACUGCAGGGGAAUACGUUGUGAUGACUCUGUACUUUGAUUUAAGUCGAAGAAUGGGAUACUUCACGAUUCAGACCUACAUUCCCUGCAUAUUGACUGUUGUUCUAUCAUGGGUUUCAUUCUGGAUUAAGAAAGAUGCAACUCCAGCCAGGACAGCACUUGGGAUUACAACAGUGCUAACCAUGACAACGCUCAGCAGCAUAGCAAGAAAAUCACUACCAAAGGUUUCCUAUGUCACUGCUAUGGAUUUAUUCGUCACGGUGUGCUUUUUAUUUGUCUUUGCGGCAUUGAUGGAAUAUGCAGCCCUCAAUUACUACACAUGCUGCAAGAAACCCACGUGUACAAGGAAGAAAAAGGCCAAGAAUAAUUACUCUGUACUGAACCUGGGGCCGGCCUCUUCAGUUAUUACCAUAAAUAAUUCUAUGUACUGGCAGGACUUUGAGGAAGCCUGCGUCUAUGAAUGCCUGGAUGGUAAAGACUGCCAGAGUUUCUUCUGCUGUUACAAAGAAUGCAAAUCAGGCUCAUGGCGCAAAGGACGGAUUCACGUAGACAUUUUGAAAUUAGACACGUAUUCGCGUGUGUUUUUUCCUACGACAUUUUUGCUAUUUAAUCUUGUCUACUGGGUUGGAUACCUUUAUCUUUAA